AUGGCCUUCGAGCCGGGCAGUGUGGUCAGACUGCGGCUCGUGGGGUCAGAGGAGGAACAAUUCACCGUGAUCCACCCGUUUCUCCCAUUCACGAAGAGUGUUGUCUUCCUCGCGAACGGAACGCGACAGAAGAAGGUCGUUGUGAAGCUGUACGACCCGCGCUAUCUCAACGACCGCUUCGUGCUCAGCCAAUACCGGCCGGACUACCCGUGGGAGGCAGCGCUCGAGCGCAAGGCUGUGUCGAUGCGGAUGGCGGGGUCGUUUCCCGACAGCUUGGAGCAGUGUUUGUGGGCUGAUGACGACGGAGACAGGGCGGUAUUCUGGGAGGAGUUUUUCUACCGGACGAGUAUGGCCUCGUUCAGAGACGAAUGCGAGGCCUACGACCGACUGGUUGCUUUGCAAGGGACAGCUAUUCCGAGGCUCUUGGGGCGUGGAAUCGUCAUCGAAGACCGCGCUAUUGAGGUACCAGCGAUUGUCUUGGAGCAUAUUGAAGGAACUGCAAUCAGGGAUGCUCAAGCGGUCGCAGCAGAGGCAUAUGUCGAGCUUGCCAAAGCAAUCGAGUUGUUUCGCGAACUUGAUGUUGUCCACGACGAUAUCAACGAGGGAAAUGUGUUGCUUUGCGGGAAUCGAGCAGUGAUAAUUGAUUUUGGGCGGGCAAGAAGGUUGGACUCUUGUGGGAGUGAUAUGAGACGGUUGGAGACACUUUUCCGAAGCAAGACUAGGUAG